AUGACAACCAAGAUCGUACCACUUUCCUUGGACGACGCUCUCAAGAAUGGCUCACAUAUUGACACGACGACGAAAGCAAAGUCAUUUGACUUCUUCGACAUGCUCGGCACCGCGGGCUGUCUACUGAACUGCGCAGGCUACGCAUUAAGACAGAAGCUUUCCCCGGAUGCCAUAAAACUUUCUCAGGCGUCGCAUGAAGAGGUCGUCAGGCACGGGAAGCACAGAGCUGUCCAAGGAAAGCUGUUCACCUAUGGGCACCUGGAGAAGUCGGCCUCGAAUGGCUGUGGAAGCUGCAAAGCUGUCAAGACCAUUCUCGACGCCGUCCCAUGCCAUCAUUAUGGGGGGCUGCUGCCGUCUACUGCUAUCCGAUGGACCGUCAGACACAGCGGCACCCUGGAGUUGGCCGCGCCGGACGGCAAAGAGUAUUACCUGAGACUGCUCAACCUUGCCGGAUCAGUCAACGUUUUCCGUCGAUUUCCAAGCACGAACGGCUUGGCUGGGGACACGGCUUCCCCUAUCAGCUUUCACAGGAUACGAAACUGGCUCGACGACUGCGAGACGGGCCACGAACAAUGCGGCAAGGGCAUCGACACGGAACUCCCAACGAGACUCAUAGACGUGACACAACCUGGAGAUAGGGCCGGCGUUCGAUUAGUUGAGACGGCUGGCCAAAUCGGCACCUACAUAUGUCUCAGCCAUUGCUGGGGGAAGAUAAAAAUCAAAUCCAUCACGCAAAAAGACAGCCUUAGGAGGAGACUGAACCUCAUUCCGUGGGACCUGCUUCCCCCGAGCUUCCAGCACGCAGUAGAACUGACGAGGAAACUCGGCGUCCGCUACCUGUGGAUCGAUUCCCUCUGCAUCAUCCAGGACGACAAGGACGACUGGGAAAAGGAAGCCGCGCAGAUGGUCAACGUCUACCGCAACUCGUACGCGACCAUCGCUGUCAGCUGGUCUCACGACCCUCAAGGCGGCUGUUACUCACGGACAAUACCUUCGUUUUUCUUCAAGAUGACGAACCCCGACGGAGACGACUUCGCCAUCGCGCUCGGUAUUGGCGCUAAGCGAGACAGCACGUCAGAGUAUGGUCGUGUUCAGGCAUAUCUCCCUCUCUUCAACAGGGCGUGGUGCCUCCAAGAACGUCUCCUGUCGCGCCGCAUCAUCCACUGCAACUACGGGGAGAUGGCGUUCGACUGUGGAAACGGCUUCUCCUGCGAGUGCGGAGGCAAGCAACACUACAAUUGGCACAACGUCAUCGAUCUCGCGGGGACGUACACGCCUCUCCGCUCCAGGUCGACGUAUCUGGCGCUGCUCAACAACCACAGGACCGCGUCGUCGUCCACCGCCAUCAUGACCGAAAAAGCCGGCAAGAUUGACCCCUACGAGCGGUGGCACCGCGUGAUCAGCGAGUACACGUGCCUCAACCUCACAAAGACGAGCGACAUGCUGCCCGCGCUCUCUGGGCUGGCACAUGAGACGGCCGAGCUGGUGGGCGACGACGACGCGUUCCUCGCCGGGCUCUGGAUGAACAACCUCGAGCAGGACCUGAUGUGGCGCGUCGUCGCGGUCGCCGACUGGAGGUACCAGCGGGCGAAGAUGCUCAAGCGAGGCUGGGUAGCUCCGUCCUGGUCGUGGGCUUCGACGGGAAGCGGUUGUAAAGUGGGCCACCCCGUCUUCCAAGGUGCCGAGGUUUUGGACUACAAGACGCCCGGGAUAAAGGCCAAGUCCUGUAAAGUAAUUUGCCCUCCCGCAGGUGCGGAUCCGUUCGGGUCCGUGUCCUACGGGCUCCUCCAAGUGACGGCGAAGCGGAUGCCGGUGCUGAUACAGCGGCCAUGCUCCCGGUGGGACGUGAAGCGACGUUGGACAGACAGGGUUUAUGGGAGAUUCUUACUCUACGCCCGCGAGGAUCAGCGAGAAUGGCAGGACUGUCUCCCGGUAACCGGGGCGGCACCUCUCGAGUUCGGGCCCGUCAAGUCGGAGCUCUGGGUCGAUCCCUCGGUCGAGCGGAUGGAGGGCUGCUUUCUCCGCAACGGCGACCCGGCAGCCCACCCGGGACCGUGCAGGCACUGCCUGUUCCUACCGGCCGAGCUGCUGUACGUCAAGGGGCUCAAGACGGACAAGGGGACGCUCUCGACGCGCACACGGGAUUUCUUCCUGGUUGUCGCCAGAGACGCGACGAGUAGCUACAUGCGUGUAGGGAUGCUGGAAGUCAUCUGCGGCAACCGGGGUGAAAGGAAUGACUGGUUUGAACGCGUGUGGGAGAAGACAGCUACGCCGGAAGCAUUGGUGACAAUCUUGUAG